AUGUCUAUGUCCAAAUCCUCAUAUUCCCAGUACAACCGGGUGAACUGGGAGGAUGCUGACUUUCCGAUCCUUUGUGAAACUUGUCUCGGAAACAAUCCAUACCUCAGAAUGAUGAAAGACAAGUUUGGUAAAGAAUGUAAGAUCUGUGAACGUCCUUUCACCAACUUCCGUUGGCAGCCCGGAAAGGGAGCUCGUUACAAGAACACAGAGCUCUGUCAAACUUGCGCUAAAGUAAAAAACGUGUGUCAGACUUGCAUGUUUGAUCUUGAAUUUGGUCUUCCUGUACAAGUUCGAGAUGAAGCUUUGAAGAUAGCUGAUACAAUUCCUAAAGAAGGCGCUAAUAGAGAUUUCUUCUUGCAGAAUGUAGAAAGAUCACUAGCCCAAACUGAUGGAACAACACCUUUCGGAGCUCUUGCAGAACCAGGAAGCGCACAGGGAACAGAACUUUUGAGGAAAAUUGCUCGUACAACUCCUUAUUACAAACGAAACGCACCACAUAUUUGUUCAUUCUUCGUUAAAGGAGAAUGCAGACGUGGAGAAGAAUGUCCCUAUAGACAUGAAAAACCAUCUGAUCCUGAUGAUCCACUUUCACAUCAGAACAUGAAAGACAGAUACUAUGGUACUAACGACCCUGUUGCGGAGAAAAUCAUGAACAGAGCCAGAGCGAUGCCAACUCUUGAACCCCCAGCGGAUAAUACUGUAACUACUCUGUACAUUGGUAACUUGGGACCAGCUGGUCAGAUUACAGAAAAAGAUCUCACAGACUACUUCUAUCAGUUUGGGGACAUCAGAAGCGUUCGCAUGUUGGAAGAGAAGAGUUGCGUUUUCAUCACUUUCACAACAAGAGAAGCUGCUGAAAUGGCUGCUGACCGAUCAUUUAAGAAGCUCACAAUCAAGGGCCGAUUAUUGAAAAUUCGCUGGGGAGCUCCUCCAGCGGAGCGUACUGUCGUGGAGAGUGAAACAAGGCCAAUUAAUCCCGUGCCUUCACUUCCCAAUGUUUGUCCCAUUCCUGAUGAUCUGGCACCUAUGAUUAAAAAGAGCAAGUUCGACGCACCUGCGCCACCUUUACCCCCUCCCAUUGCUAACUAUGCUGCUCCUUCGUCGCUUGUUGUUCCGAGUUAUGCUCCUCCAUCUGUAUCCACUGCCUCUAACAAAGGUGGUCCAGGGGUUUAUUAUCCAAGUCAAGAUCCUACACGGCUUGGAUCAAAAGGAGAUGUCAUAGAAUGA